UGCGAAUUGUGCAGCAGCAGCUCCGUCAGGAGGGGCGCAGCCCCCAGUCCCGUCUACACUGUGCCAGACCCACAGCUCCCCAUUACUGCCCCCUGUGCCAUAGGAAACGCGGAGACACAGUGUAGCGGAGCCGCUGCGACAAUAGGCUGAGACUUGGAGCGCACCUCCACCCUCCCCCAUCCUGUGCCCGAGCACAAGACGCUCCCAGCAGCACAGAGGAGGCUUCGAGAGCCUGGCAGCAGCACCGGAGAAGCUGGCAGCAGCACCUGGCAGAGGAGAGCCUGGCAGCCGCGACAGGGAGGGGAGCCCGGCUGCAGGGGGCAUUACUGGGGGGCACUUCGUCAGCAGUGCACGACUCCGACAUCGCUAUAAACUUUCCCCCCAAAGCCUCCAGCUGGACGCGCAGAGCCCGCACUGAGCAGCGGACGAUGCUUGCCCCGGUCCCUCCUGUGGAGAGCGCCCUGAGCCGUGCAACCGUGCAGGGGCAGCACUGAGCGCUGUGCAUCCCGAGCCCGGGUCAUUAUCGGACAUGGAAGCCGAGGAGCAGGAGACCAACGCGGGCAGCAGCAGCAACAGGGACUCCGAGCGGCAGCUCCGGCUCCGGCUGUGCGUCCUCAAUGAGAUCCUGAGCACGGAGCGGGACUACGUGGGGACCCUGCGCUUUCUGCAGUCGGCAUUUCUGCAGCGCAUCCGACAGAAUAUCAGUGAGAAAACGGAGAGCUGCAUCUCUGAGGAAAAUGUCAAGAUUUUAUUCUCCAACAUGGAGGACAUUCUGCAGGUUCACUGCAACUUCCUGGCAGCGCUGGAGAGUCGUCUCCACCCGGAGCCUCAUCCGCAGCAUGAGCUGGGAAACUUAUUCCUGCAGUUUAAGGAGCGUUUCUGUGUAUAUGAGGAAUACUGCAGCAACCACGAGAAAGCCCUGAGGCUGCUGAUGGAGCUAAACAAAGUCCCAACUGUCCGUGCCUUUCUGCUGAGCUGCAUGUUAUUGGGCGGCCGCAAGACUACGGACAUUCCCCUGGAGGGCUACCUGCUGACCCCUAUCCAGAGGAUCUGCAAGUAUCCGCUGCUUCUCAAGGAGUUGGCAAAGAGGACUCCAGCAAAACACGCGGACCACCAACCGGUCCACAGUGCCCUGCAGGCCAUGAAAACUGUGUGCACCAACAUCAACGAAACCAAGAGGCAGAUGGAGAAGCUUGAGGCACUGGAGCAACUGCAGUCACACAUAGAAGGGUGGGAGGGCUCCAACCUGACAGACAUCUGUACUCAGCUUCUCCUACAGGGGACACUGCUUAAGAUAUCAGCUGGUAAUAUCCAAGAACGCAUGUUCUUCCUGUUUGACAAUCUGCUGGUCUAUUGCAAAAGAAAAUCCAGGGUUGCUGGCAAGAAAUCCACAAAGAGAACCAAAUCCUUCAACGGCUCAUUGUAUAUCUUCCGAGGAAGGAUCAAUACAGAGGUUAUGGAGGUGGAAAACGUGGAGGAUGGGACAGCUGAUUAUCACAGUAAUGGUUACACUGUCACCAACGGCUGGAAGAUCCAUAACACUGCCAAAAACAAAUGGUUCGUCUGCAUGGCGAAAACCCCUGAGGACAAGCAGAAAUGGAUGGACGCUGUCUUGAAAGAACGAGAGCAACGGGAAAGUCUGAAACUCGGUAUGGAGAGAGAUGCUUACGUCAUGAUUGCAGAGAAAGGGGAGAAGCUCUAUCACAUGGUCAGCAAGAGGUCCAGUCUCAUCAAAGAUAGGAGGAGAAAGUUCAGCACCAUCCCUAAAUGCUUCCAUGGAAAUGAAUUUGUCUCUUGGCUGAUGGAGAAUGGAGAGAUCAGUAAACCUGAAGAAGGCAUCAACUUGGGCCAGGCCUUACUCGAGAACGGGAUAAUCCACCACGUGUCGGACAAGCACCAGUUCAAGAAUGAGCAGGUUCUCUAUCGAUUCCGAUAUGAUGAUGGGACAUACAAGGCAAGGAGUGAACUGGAGGACAUCAUGUCCAAGGGUGUCAGACUUUACUGUCGUCUUCACAGCCUCUUUAUUCCGAUGAUCAAAGACCGAGAUCACCACCUGAAAACAUACAAGUCCGUCAUCCCCGCCAGUAAGCUGGUGGACUGGCUAAUAUCACAGGGAGAUUGUCAGACAAGAGAAGAAGCGGUCGCUCUUGGCGUUGGACUGUGCAACAACGGAUUCAUGCAUCAUGUGUUAGAGAAGAGUGAGUUUAAAGACGAGUCACAGUUCUUCCGGUUCCACUCAGAUGAGGAGAUUGAGGGAACCAACUCCAAGAACAAGAAGAACGACUUCAAACUCAUUGAGAACAUCCUAGCCAAGACUCUGUUGAUCCUACCUCAGGAAGAAGAUUACGGCUUUGACCUGGAAGAGAAGAAUAAAGCAAUUGUGGUGAAGUCUGUCCGGAAGGGGUCACAUGCUGAGAUGGCUGGAUUGCAGGUUGGACGGAAGAUCUACACUAUUAAUGAGGACCUGGUCUUUCUCAGACCCUUCUCUGAGGUGGAGAUCCUUCUGAACCAGUCAUUCUGUGCUCGCAGGCCAAUCCGCAUCCUUGUGGCAAUCAAAUCCAAAGAGAUUUUGAAGAUCCCAGAUUGUCCGCAGUCGCUGUGUUUCCAGAUUAGGGGUUCAGCUCCGCCUUACGUUCACGCGGUAGGGAGAGGGUCGCAGGCUGCUGCCGUAGGUCUCCAUCCUGCACAAUGUAUCCUCAAGGUGAAUGGAGCAAAUGUCAAACAUGACAGUCACAUCGAGGUCCUAGAGCAUUUCACUGCCUACCGAAAAAACCCACAAAACCCCCUGGGACUGUUCCAGUGGAUCUACAGAACACAUGAGGAUGCAGAGGAAGACCAAGAGCAAAGAUGUAAACCUGAUGAGUGUCUGAACGGCAGCCCAUGUGAAGAACGCAGCGCCGUCUUCUUCCUGGACACAAGUGUCCCUAACAGACAAGCAGACACAAAUCUGCCCCAUUGUCCCUUGGCAGAUGUCACUUCCUGCACCCCCUCAUCUGUGAUGGAGGAUGCUCCACUUAUUAACCUGACGGUGGAGAACGUCCAUCUUGAGCAUGGUGUGGUGUACGAGUAUGUCAGCACAGCAGGAAUAAAGUGCUACGUCCUGGAGAAGAUGGUUGAACCUCGUGGCUCCUUUGGGAUCACUGCUAAGAUCCUUCAGGCUUUUAUUGCUGAUGAUGUUCAGUUUGUGAAGAAUUGUACGAGACUCAUUGCCAUGAGCAAAUCAGUAAUGACCAUGCCGCAGUACGAAUUCCGCCAAAUCUGUGACACCAAACUGGAGAACAUCACUCGUAGGAUCAGCAGCUACACGGAGUUUGCAGAUGAGCUCAAGAUAAAGGUCAGUCCAUCCUUUAAACACGCUACGAGUGAGCUGCACCCCCUGCAGAGCAUGGACUUCUGCCCGACCAAUUGUCAUAUCAACGUGAUGGAGGUGUCAUACCCUAAAACCACCACUUCAGUGGGGCGCUCCUUCAGCAUUCGCUUUGGCCGGAAAAACUCAUUUUUUGGCCUCGAUCCGGAUCAAGUUGGCAGCUUGAAUCCUAUGACAUACUCCCAGCACUGUAUGUCCAGUAUGGUGGCUCCGGCCUGGAAGUGUCACAGCGUAAAAGACGAUAACGGGUUGAAUGGAGGAUGCCUGGACAGCAGCUUCCCGCAGAUGAAUGGGGAGAUGAAGAGCGAGGAGCGAGGUCUGAGCCAUCUACUGAAGCAGGAAGACACAGAGAUUCAAGAUGCCUACCUGCAGCUCUUCAACAAGCUGGACGUGGCCGUGAAGGAAAUGAAGCAAUAUGUUACUCAGAUUAACAAGCUGCUGUCCACCAUCACUGAGCCCCUGCAGCCGGACUCUGUGUGUGAGGCGGUGUCCACCAACAUUACUCCCCCCUCCUCCCUGGUGACAGAUGAUGUUGACGGUGACAGAGGGGAACCUGGAGGCAUAAAGAAGGUGUGCUUCAAGGUGUUAGAGGAAGAUCAGGAGGACUCUGGGCAUGACACGGUCAGCUACAGAGAUUCCUACAGCGAGUGUAACAGCAACCGAGACUCUGUCCUGUCCUACACGAGUGUCCGCAGUAACAGCUCCUACCUGGGCAGUGAUGAGAUGGGAUCAGGGGACGAGCUGCCAUGUGAUAUGCGGAUCCCCUCAGAUAAACAGGACAAACUGCACGGCUGCCUGGAACAUCUGUUCAACCAAGUAGAUGCCAUAAUAACAUUUCUCAAAGGAAAAGUAAUGUGCAAGGCUUUUGAGGAGACAAAGCACUUUCCCAUGGAGCACAGCCUACAAGAGUUUCAGAAGAAGGAAGAAUGGACCAUUAAGUGCCGCAGCAUGAUCCAGAUAAGCGUCAGAGAAGAUCCAUGGAAUCUACCAAACUCCAUUAAAAUCUUGGUGGAAAGCAUCCAGAAAUAUGUGGAAGAUGGAAAGAAUCAGCUCCUGCUGGCCUUGCUUAGAUGCACAGAUACAGAGCUGCAGGUCAGAAGGGAUGUGAUCUUCUGUCAGACACUGGUUGCCGCUAUCUGCACAUUCACAGAGCAGCUCAUGGCCGCCCUCAACUACAGAUACAACAACAAUGGCGAGUACGAGGAGAGCAGCCGCGACGCCAGCAGAAAGUGGCUGGAACAGAUUGCAGUGACCGGUGUCCUCAUCAGCUACCAGUCUCUACUGUCGCCCAAUGUGAAAGAAGAACGCGUGAUGCUGGAAGACAUUAAGGCGACGCUGCAGGACCUGGACAAAGUGGUGUUUUACUUCAAGCAGAUGGAUGAAACGCUUGUAGCCAACACGGCUGUCUUCCACCACAUAGAAGGAUCUCGCCAGUCCCUCAAGGUCAUUUUUUACCUGGACAGUUUCCAUUUCUCCAAACUACCAACUAAGUUUGAGCAUGGCGGAUGCUUGAAGCUUCAGUCUGUUCUCUUCACACAAGCUCUGGACAGUGCGGAGGGUCAGCUGGGCAGUAAUGUCUCCCCUGAGGAGAUUCAGCAGAAGAUUAACCAGAAUGCCUUGGAAAAAGUGCAGAAUUAUUACCGGAAAAUCAGGGCGUUUUACCUGGAAAAGUCGACAGACUCCAACACAACAGCCAUAAAGAUUGACCAGCUGAUUCGCCCUAUAAAUGCCCUGGAUGAGCUUUGUCGGCUCAUGAAAUAUUUCGUCACCCCAAAGCAGUCACCAUCUGAAUUCUGCAAGAACAGUUUGUCUGGGGCUGCAAUUCUGUCCGUUUCCUCAGAGCUCUGCUACCGCCUGGGGGCCUGCCAGAUAGUCAUGUGUGGCACAGGGAUGCAGAGGUGUACACUGAGCGCGUCCCUAGAACAGGCAGCCAUCCUGGCUCGGAGCCAUGGACUGCUCCCCAAGUGCAUCAUGCAGGCCAUGGACAUAAUGAGGAAACAGGGUCCUCGUGUGGAAAUCUUAGCAAAAAACCUAAAAGUCAGGGACCAAACACUGCAAUCUGCACCACGGAUCUACAGACUCUGUGUUCCACCAAUAGAUGGGGAUAUAUAAUCUUCUGCCUGGAAACAGUAUCUUAAGCCAAUCAGCACCGGUGAUAUGAAGGGACUCAUUGGAGACAGAGGGGCUGGUGCCCAUGUGACUUCCUCCUGGGAGGGUAAAACUCCCAUACUGGACUUGUCUCCAGGUUUCCUGGCACAUUAUGGACAUUGGACGUGUGCAAGGUAUAUCAGUGUUAUCAUGAGGCUACACUGGAGGGUGAGCAUCGGACUGCAAUGUGACGCUCCGCUGCCUGCCAAUAAGCAACGCCACUGCCGCCAGUAUUAGCAACCAAGCUGCACUUUCCGACUUUUGAUGGCACAAAAAUAUUUAUUAUGACUUGUAGAUGGUUUCCCCACCCUGCUUCUGCCCUCCAGGGGGGAGUUUUAUAUUUUGGCUUUUAUUUCAGAUUUUUAUGUUCCGGUGUUUUAUAUGUGGAGAUUUUACUUUUAUAAUUAAAGAACUUUCUAUAGGAAAUAUCCAACGAAGGAAGAAAACCUUGAGAUUGUGAUCCUGGCGGUUACGCUAAACUGGAACUUUACUCAGAACCCUGUUUUCUGAAGCCGAGUCUUAAUGAUAUAAUAACCUGGGACAAAUCACCUUCAGUCCCUUUCCAGCCCACUCUUCAGGAGGUCACACUGGGCUAAGUAACAAUUAUGUAGGAUGUAAUGUCAUAAUCCUGACAUGGAGACAUUCGUUCCUAUCCAUUUUGCUCUGCAAAGAACGUUCUGGACCCUUGGCACAGUUUAACUUGGAAGUAUAUAGAAGCCUGUGGAAAAUAAUUCUGUACCCGAGGUUGGGUAAUCCAUUGUCAGGACUCAGAAGCUGUGGUCAAGUGUCCACGUGACUGUAUCAGCCUUAGAACUGUGAGGAUAAUCUUAUCUUUUAUACAAGGUUGGAAUAUCUAAGCGCCAUGUUCACCACCAUUGGCUCCUUGUGUGACAUUAGUGGCUCUGUAAUGUAAGUUGUUGUCUUAAAACCUACCUAGUACAGAACUGUGGAAUAAUGGUUGUCAGGGUAAUCAUUUACUUCAUAUCAAUCAUUGCGUACUGUGGGAUUGACUGUAUACAGAGAGGGGGUGCACAAGCUCAGGGCUGGGCCCUUUGAGAUGCAGCCCAUGUAUUGUAUUGUGGGGUCCUCCUUUGAUGAUAGUCAUUUAUGAACCCGACUUUCAUCACAUAUUACCUUUACCCAGAAUUCCUAGUGGAAGCACACAAUCCCAGUCAUUGUUCAUCUGGAAGAAGCAAUAACCUCCUGAGAAGUGACCUUACAACAGCAGUGGCUGCACUCUCCAGACUCAUUAGUGAUACCAUCGCUUCUCCUGCAUCCUCCUAUCCAGUCAUCUGUGACCAGGACCCCAGCAAUGAUUGGAAAUGACUUGCUGCAGUGUAUGUUGAUUCAGACCUGGAUGUCAUCACCACUCCUCCCCCAUCAAUAUUACACAUUCCUCCUACUUGAAUACAUUAUUAUUUUGGGGUCCUAUAGGGUGGGUGUUCAGUAUCUUUAUCUCCUCCUCACAAACCUAGGAGUUCAAAACUGUCACCUCCAGUUCUAAACAUCAUCGUUCUAUAGAAAUCCAUCCACUGGGACAUUCUGUAUAGGAUCUCAUUUUGACUUUACACAUGAAUUGUCUACGGUUUUAUGGAGGCACCACUUCUCAUUGUACAGACCACUUUGUCAUUUUAACUGUGUCAGAAAUAAACAAUUUCCACAUAA